GUUACAAUAUUUUGUUGUUCUUUUACAACAUUUGUUUUAAUUAUUGGUUUGUCUAGUUAUGAACUAAUGGACGUCAUUAGAAAACAGGAUGCCGCAAUUAAGGAUAUAAUAACUUCAAUGAAAAAUGGAGAGCCAGUAAAAUUAAUGAAACUGCUGGAAAUAUUUAAUACUAAUGCAGAAACCGAUGUGCAAGUUAAAUUAUUCUCAAUUUUAUCUGGCUACCUAAUGUUAAAUGAUAAUAGUAUAGAGACUAUUGCAACAUGUAGUCAAUUGUAUGACAAACUGUAUAAAAUUCUAGUAAACUGCCCUCCUAGGAAAGCUACAGUUGCGUUUAAUUUUCUUUCGGCUCUUUUAUACGAGGACUUGGCAGAUAACCAAAGACGAAACAGUAUAGUUGUAUAUGCAAGAAAUUUAAUAAGAAGUAGUGGUUGUUUGGCAGCUAUUUGUGAUCUAUUUACUAGCUGUAUGAUGAGUUUGCUACAAAAUCAUAGUCGUAAUAUAGCUCUGUUUGUGGAAUGUAACGGCAUGACACUGUUUCAAAGGGAGUUCUUACAACAUGAUAUCUGCCUACAAUUGCUAGCUACCAUAGUACAGAGCUCAACUGAAGCAGCCAAACUUAUAGUUAACACAGACAUUGGUCAACACCUUCGAAGUUUUCUGCAACGGUAUGGACCACACUCACAGUUGGGUCAAUGGUCCACCAUCAUUUUAUAUCAUAUAUCCAGAGUUGAAGCUUCCUUAAUAAGUAAGAAAAUGGAUACAGAUAAUAAAGAAAACAAUAAAUAUAGUGAAUCAUUUCUUAACAAAGUUUCACAAAACAGAAAGAUAGAUUGCAGUGACGACACAACAAUUUUUUUCCGCAAUGUUAUGAAAGAAAUAAUGCUAUGUGGUACUCAGAAAGAAAUUAACUUUAAACCUUUCCUUUCUACCAAUGUAAUAAAAAAUAGUCCAGGAAAUGCUAUGGAUAUCUCAAGAGCUCCAUUUUGUGAAAAUAGCAAAAAACAAAAAUCAUUUUGUAUGGGUCCCCCUGAGACCAUUAAAUUCUAUGCCAAACAUAAACCACCUGCAAUGUCAAGUGCACAGUUACAAGAAUUAUCUUUAUCUUUUCUUCGUAAUCAACAUUCAAGUAAAAGUCGCACCGCAACUAUAAUGACAUCUAAUAUAUUUCUGGAAAGUACUCAAAGAACAUUACAGACAAACGCAAACAUUGUACAGCAGCGUACAGAUUCCUUUAUGGAAGACAACUUAACUCGUUCUUGUACCCAAGAAAUCGAUGACUUCAAACCACAAUUCAUGUCUACUCCUAAAAAAGAUGUCCACGAAGCCUCUCAGUACCAAACACAACAUGAUAAUAAUUCAUAUAGGUCAACACGAAGGCUUGUCAAAAACCAUCAGGUAAAGCGACAGGUUAAGAAGAGAGUAACCAGGCAUUUUAAUCAAACCAAAACUAAUAAGGAAAUUAAACACAAGUCUUUUAGUGGGCGAUUUUUUGACGCCAUCAAUACUUCUUGCACUACAUUGGUAAAAACUGUAAAAAAUAUAUUUACACCGAAAAAUACUUUGCAAGAAACAAAAGAUAAUCCUAUAAAUAGGACAAAUCGAGACAUGUCUUGUAGUUACAGUUUCACAAAUUAUAUGCGUAAAAGAGACGCAGUUAUAAAAGACAAUUACAAAGAAGAUACUAAAAAGGGUUUAGUUAACACAAAAGACAAUUUCCAAGAUGUUAGUAUGGAAAUAAACAAUUCUUGCAAAACAUGUAAUGAUACAGUUACACUCAAACGAAAAUUAAGAAAUGAUGAACACUUGAAGAAAACUCUAAGAAAACUCAAACUAGGAAUCAAUUUGUAUGGAUGUGAUUUUAAGAAAAUUUCGCGUGCUAUGUGGCCAAAAGAAACGUACAUGACACCCAUUGUCUUAUACAACCUGUACCGUAAAUUAAUUUUGAAAUAAAGGUGUUUCUUAUUUUAUAAUUUCAAUGCUUUUUAUUUGAAGAACCCUUUUAAAUAGUUAGGUACGAACAUUUUAAAAUACCAUAAUGAGUGACUACAUCUAAACAAGUUUUUUCUUGACAUUAAAACAAGAUAAUUAUUCAUGGUCAUUAUAUUAUUAUCUUAUUUAAAAUAAACAACAUAUUUUGAAGAUAAGGCUAUGUGAUCACGCGCUCCUAUUUGAUCUCAUAGUUUACUAUAGGUCGACUCAUGGCGAACCAUAUCUUUAGUAAUAUCAGCAAUAGUUGGAGUGC